CACGCUGGUUGACGACAUAUCCGGCCUUCGUCAAAAGCUGUCAGUGUCAAAGCUAGCAAGAGAGCGGCUUUUAUUUGACACUAUAAUUAUAGGGAGAAAUCAGCCGCUAAUUUGAUUUUAACACGACGCGAGUGAGUAUCUUAAGGUUUGUGAAUGUGGUCCCAGUAGUUGUUUUUAAUGCGGUAGCUACGUGAAUCGGGAAUUUUCACCUCAAAACAACGGCCGAAGCUAAAGGAAAAACACGUUGUCUGGCUGCUCCUCUUUGUCAGACAGCUCGGUCAAGCCACGUUAACUUUUGACUAUAGCACGGGUGUGCUAGGGAACUCUUGACCUCGUACUCAGGAUGCCAUGUCAUAAUCAGCAACUGAACAAUGUGAAUAAUGGCCAGGAGCUACCCAUGAAGCAGGUACGGUUUGCAAACAGCAACAGCAGCAGCAGCGUGCCCGCAGUGCUGUCCAGCUCUGAGCCAAGUGAUGCCACCACACAGCCUGUAAACCAAGAAACACUGGGACCUCAGCUUAAGCUGCUUCCUCUGAAUGACCAGAUCCGUGAAUUACAGACUAUAAUCAGGGACAAGACUACCAGCAGAGGAGAUUUUGUGUUUUGUGCUGACCGACUGAUCAGACUAGUAGUUGAAGAAGGCUUGAAUCAGCUCCCCUACUCAGAGUGUACUGUGACCACACCAACAGGGUACAAGUAUGAAGGUGUCAAAUUUGAAAGAGGCAACUGUGGAGUCAGCAUUAUGAGGAGUGGUGAGGCCAUGGAGCAAGGUCUCCGCGACUGCUGCCGCUCCAUUCGCAUCGGCAAAAUCCUCAUUCAGAGUGAUGAGGAGACACAGAAAGCCAAGGUCUACUAUGCCAAGUUCCCCCCAGAUGUUUACCGGAGGAAAGUGCUGCUCAUGUACCCCAUCCUCAGUACAGGGAACACUGUGAUUGAGGCAGUGAGGGUGCUGAUAGAGCACGGAGUCCAGCCCAGACAUAUUAUCCUCCUCAGCCUCUUCUCCACGCCUCAUGGGGCCAAAUCUAUAAUCCAGGAGUUCCCAGAUAUCACCAUCUUGACCACAGAGGUUCAUCCAGUGGCUCCAACACAUUUCGGACAGAGGUACUUUGGCACCGACUAAACCAAGGACAACCUGAGGAACAUGAUCUGUAAAUUGUUUCAAGUAUAUUUUGUCUGGUUUAUUUAAAUGUAUCUCAUGUUCUCCUUGUUGUGCCAAAUACUACGAUAUCUCCUAAACUGACCUAAAAUGAUUAAUCUGAUCGACUGUAUUUAUUUUAUUUCCCUUUUUUUUUGCUGUGUAUACUCAUGCUAUAGAAACAAAACAAUGCUGAGUCAUGUCAAGAGUUCAAGUUGGAUCAUUUUAUUUUGCAUGUUACAACUGAUGGAUCAAUAAAGAUUUAUAUUUGUUAACAGACA